AACCCUCACCUUCUCAGCUUUUUAUCAUUUCAUAAACACCAGCCAAAAAAAAAAAAAACACAGUUUCUGUCCAAUAAUCAUGGAAGCAAAUUCAAGUUCUAAUCUCCCUCCAGGAUUCAGAUUUCAUCCUACCGACGAAGAGCUCAUCGUUCACUAUCUCCGAAACCAAACCAUGUCCAAACCAUGCCCUGUCUCCAUCAUACCAGAAGUCGAUAUCUACAAAUUUGACCCUUGGCAAUUACCCGAGAAAACAGAGUUUGGGGAAAAUGAGUGGUACUUCUUCAGCCCGAGAGACCGGAAAUAUCCAAACGGAGUCAGACCAAACCGGGCUGCUGUUUCCGGUUAUUGGAAAGCAACCGGUACAGACAAAGCCAUUCACAGUGGCUCGAGUAACGUGGGUGUGAAGAAAGCUCUCGUCUUCUACAAAGGUCGACCUCCCAAGGGAAUCAAAACUGACUGGAUCAUGCAUGAGUAUCGUCUCCACGAUCCACGUAAACCAUCGACAAAACGUAACGGCUCGAUGAGAUUAGAUGAAUGGGUAUUGUGUAGGAUAUACAAGAAGAAAGGAGCAGGGAAGCUUCUGGAUGAAAAAGAAGGUUUCAUGGAUGAAGUACAAAUCGAAGAGACGUUAACAGUUGUUACGAACGAAGCAGAGAGAAGAAAUGAGGAAGAGAUAAUGAUGACGUCGACGAAAAUUCCGAGGACGUGUUCGCUUGCUCAUUUGUUGGAAAUGGAUUACAUGGGACCCAUCUCUCACAUUUUAACACCGUUCGAUCUUCAUCAUCCUGAUUAUUCGGACAGUAUGAAUAUGAACCAGUCUGGUUGGUUCGGAGGAGAUCAACAGAUUAACCAAGAAGAGGUCUUAAACCAUCAUUGUCAAGCUAUGUUUCAGUUUUAGUGAUGGGUUUAGUAAAAAAGAAGAGAAAAACAUGAAAGCCCCCAAAAAAGAUUUGCUUGGAAAGUUUGGUAGAUAUUUUUCCUUAGUUUGGGUAUAGGAAAAUUGUUAAAUAUUAACUAAAAAGACCCAAAUGGGGAUUUUAUAGUUUCUCCAAUGUGAAACCAAAAACAUGUUUAAUUAAUAUUAAGCUGCUUCAGCG